GGCUUCUCUGAUGACCUAGUGUCGAAACAAACAUGUAUCUGACAGAUGCAAAAUGGCUCACGCUGCGAUACUUGGUGCCCUUACCGAUGACCUGAUCACCCACAUCACCGCUUCGAAUCCUCGUAGAGAUGCUCGGCAUGUCAAACAUCUCAAGGAUUCCGCUUUAAGGACUUUCAGGACUCAACAACAUGUUCGUGUCAAUCAAUUCGAAGUCGAUGCACGAUUCGAAGGCUUGCUUGAUAAAUUUUAUGUUUUGAACAAUCAACCUCUGGCCGAUGCUCUCAAGCCUCGUCUGCACGAGUUAGCCACCAUACCCAACAAAUGGCGACCUGAACUAUUGGCUCUUUUGCUGGCUCUCUCAGACCGUCCCGUCGAGAAGACUGACAUCAAUCGUGCUCUCGAAAUAGUCCCUGAUCAUCCACCUGAGCAGCAACUAACAUGGGCUGAGAUCAUUGCUGAUGAUCCGCUUGAUGAGGAAGGUAUCUGGAACGAUGUUGAGAAUGAAUCUGAUUAUUCAGAGCAUCGUGCACCCAGUCUCAGCGACGAGUCUGUCGGCGAGCCCACCACGUCGACCCAUGCUUCCUCCCUCUACGAAGAGGAUGCCGCUACUUUUGCACGCGCUUUCAUUCUUCCUAGAGAUUCUGAAAUUCUGGAUCAGGUCACAGAUCUGCGUCAUCGCAUGGCAGGUCUGCAUUCAGGCUCUGGACUUACCGAGUUGCAAGUUACUCGUCAAGUACUAUCCAUGCUUCAAGGAGUCCCUACCGACCUAUUUGAGAUAGGUAGAAGUGGUCAGAUCCGACCGAGAUACUCGUGUCGGAUACUGAACAUUGCUCCGUCCACAACAGAUCGCGUUCUACGAGACUUCGCCUCACUUGGUUCACAAGUCACAUUCGUCCGCAAAUUCGCUGCGUCUGACCGAUUGAGUGUGGUCUUGCAGAGCUUCCAAGCUGCAAUACAGGACGUGUUGCACCGCCUUGGGAAAACGCUUUCGAGCAUCGAGCAAGAUCUUUUGCGACCAGAAAACUCGACGUUGGUGAGCUUACUGAAAGUACAAGUCGAGAUCGAUCUUGUGGCUGGUCCACUUGUCCGCCUCACGAAACUGAUCCCGGACAAUACCCUCAAGCACAACAGCCAGGCGCUAGAGGUACUCAAUAACCUGUUUGAACAAGCCUGCAACCUCCAGCUCAUUGGCGAAGACAAUGAAAGUGUGAGUGUCGCCAGUCUUCUGCUCAAAUGUCUUGAGCCAUACCUUCGUCCGGUCAAAUUGUGGAUGACUGAAGGCAAGCUCAUUGCCUCGAACGAACUGUUCUUCGUACGAUGCGACGAUGAAAGCUCUGAACGCGGAUCUAUAUGGCACUCUCGCUUCACACUUCUUAAGAAUCAUGACGGCUCGAUAUUUGCGCCUCAAUUCAUGCAGAGUAUAGCUGAGAAAAUAUUCAAGGCUGGUAAGAGUGUCAUGUUGCUCGAGGCUCUGGGUCACAAGCCAGACGUCUCCCUAUGUAGCGCGCAGAGUCUGGACAUUGCUCAAACCAUUCAAUCUGUGGAGAACACGCUGCUACCGUUCUCAGAAGUCUUUAAGCUGGCCUUGAACCGAUUCGCUGAUGCGCUAGAAGGGUCAGAAACGCACACCUUGCGUCAGGUCCUAACGUCGCAAUGUGGACUACGGGCGACUAUCAAAGCGAUCAAUCAUCUCUACUUUGGUGUGAAUGGUGCUUGUUUCCAAACUUUCGCCUAUGGCAUAUUUCAGCGCAUGGAUCGAGGCAUUGGCUGGGACGAUCGAUUCCUCCUGACUGAAUUGGCCCAGACCGCUUUCGAGCCAAUCGAUGCAGUAGAGUCCGACCACAUUACUGUUCGGGUGAAGCCCAGGAAUGAUCAACAAUAUGCCUCAGCCCGUCCAGGACGUUCGGACACAUUGGGACGAAUUUUUGUGGACUAUUCUAUUACGUGGGUUCUGCAGAACAUCAUGUCCAAUGCCACUUUAUCAGCAUGCCAGAGAGCUUUCACCUUCUUGCUGAGACUCUAUCGAGCUCAAUUCAUUCUCAACCAACAAGAGUGGACUUUGAACAUCAUGGUCAAACACUCCAAAAUUGCGACCGUCAAGGAGCUUAUCGCUCUACGCCAUCAAUUGUCCUGGUUUGCGGUCACAUUGAGAGGUUAUGUCUGCGAGAUGCUGUCUAUUGUAUCUAAGCAGCUUACGCUAGACCUCGAUGCUGCAUCGGAUGUGGAUGGUAUGAUUGCUGCAUUUGACAAAUUCUCAGAUAACAUCAACAGCAAACUCUUGCUUCAAGAAAACAUGGCUCCAAUACGAAGUUCCAUACUGGCCGUAUUCGACCUGUAUGAGGACCUCGCGCUGGAAUGGAGACACACCGUCAAGCAAAUCAGCAACGAUGCAUCUCAUCCUACACCUCGAGAACUGGUUGUGCAGAGAGGUCCCUCGAAUCGUCGAAGUAAGCCGGAAACUGACGAUACAGUUGAUGUUUCCGAUGACGAGGAUGAGGUCGGAAUUGGACAUCAUGAACACAGGUCUGUCUUGAGUGUUCAGAGCCUACUCAAGGAGUACAAAAGACAGUCAUCGUUCCUGCUGGCAGGACUACGUAGUGUCAGUAGGAUUGAGGGUGAACCAGCCUGGAUCAUGCUAUCCGAGAGGCUUCAGUGGGGAGUUGCUGGCUUAGACAGGCGAUAGGAUCAAGUCUAUAUUGUUCGCAUAGUGGUAGCUUCACAAUCAUCCCGCCAAGACAUUACAAUUAGAUCGUUAUUUUGAUCUCUCUUUUUACAUUUAUCUUCUAUGCCAG